AUGCGAGUUGAUGGAAACCAUCAGGGAGCUUGUGAUGCGGCCAUGCCAAGAAUAAGAAACGCACAAAGCUCUCGCCAACCGCAAUACUGGUGGACGUCGGAGAUAGCAGAGCUAAGGAAAGCCACACUAGCAGCUAGAAAGAAAUACCAAAGGGAAGCAAGGAGAGGACCAGCUGAGGCGGAAAACCAUAUAUUCAAGGAGGCGAGUAGAGACCUUAGGUUAGCAAUAAAAAGGAGCCAAGACACCUGCUGGAAAAACUUGUGCGCUGAGGUGGAUCACAACCCGUGGGGAAUGGCACACAGAUGGUCAAGAGGAAAAUAG